AUUAGUAAAAUGGGGGCGGCCUGGGGUUGAGGAGGAGGGCCCACCUGUGCCGGAGUCCGCCGGGUCUCCCUCGCGGGCCGCGCCGUAGCGAUGCCUCGCUAUUGCGCAGCGAUUUGCUGUAAGAACCGGCGGGGACGGAACAGUAAGGACCGCAAGCUGAGUUUUUACCCGUUUCCUCUACAUGACAAAGAAAGACUUGGAAAAUGGUUAAAGAACAUGAAACGAGAUUCAUGGAUGCCCAGUAAAUACCAGUUCCUGUGUAGUGACCAUUUCACUCCUGACUCUCUUGACAUCAGAUGGGGGAUUCGAUAUUUGAAACAAACUGCAAUUCCAACAAUAUUUUCUUUGCCUGAAGACAGUCAGGAAAGAGACCCUUCCAAAAACAACUGUCAGAAGAAAAAAAUAGAGUAUGAGAAAGACGUGUGCCUGAAAGCCAAGUCACAAGAAUCAUUUUCAUCAAAAGAGCCAAAGAAAAAUACAGUUAAUACAGGAGUCCUCCCUGAACAUGCAGAAUCACUGCAUUCAUCUGCGUUGGUGAAGCCACCAGCUCCAAAAGCAGGAAGUAUACACAAUAACAUAUUAACUCUUAAUCUAGUUAAACUGGAAGACACUGGAAAACCAGAAUCUACCUUGGAAACAUCAAUUAACCAAGACAUAGGUGGUUUUCACACAUCUUUUGAGAAUCUAAAUUCGACAACUGUUACUUUGACAACUUCAAAUUCAGAAAGUAUUCAGCAGUCUUUGGAAACCCAAGAAGUGCUUGAAAUAACUACCAAUCAUCUUGCUAAUCCAAACGUUACAAAUAAUUCAGUGGAAAUUAAGUCAGCCCAGGAACAUUCAUUCUUACUCGGCACCAUUACCCAAACGGUUGAAGAAUUAAACCCAAAUAAAGAGUCUGUCAUUGCCAUCUAUGUACCCACAGAGAGUUCCAAACCUACAAUUAAUCCUUCUCUGCCUGUCCAAAAAGAAACUGUAGAAAUGGAAGACACAGACAGUGAAGACUCCUGUAAGGAGCUAGACUAUGAGACAGGAGUCUUACAACUUGAACAUUCUUACUGCAGACAGGAUAUAAAUAAGGAGCAUCUUUGGCAGAAAGUCUGUAAACUACAUUCAAAGAUUACUCUUCUUGAGCUACAAGAGCAACAGACUCUAGGGAGAUUGAAGUCUUUGGAAGCUCUUAUAAGGCAGCUAAAACAGGAGAACUGGCUCUCUGAAGAAAAUGUCAAGAUCAUAGAAAACCAUUUCACAACAUAUGAAGUUACUAUGAUAUAAAGACAUCUCAAAGCUAUGACUUUUAUGUAAGCAUUUUGCAGCCAAACCAGAUUAUAUGUAAAGUGAACUUUUUCCUGCAUAAAUUUCUCUGCUUAACGAAGGUCAAAAAGUGCCCUAACAUUAUGAACUGUGUCCUGUUCUUAUAGUGCUCAUUUUUUUUUUUUUAGAAAAACUAGAGUGUUGUUGCACUAUAGAUAAAAAGUUCUAUUACUGGGUCAUUUCCAAAUUAGAGUUAAAAUAUAGUGAAUAAGUAAUAUGAGUUUGUCCUAAAAUGAGAGAACACAGAUAUGGUAAAAAAAAAAAAAAAAAAAAAAAAAAAAAAAAA